UCAUGAAUUUUGUGUUAUUUAUUUAAUGAUAUACAUAUAUUAUUUAGAACAAAGUCUUGUGGUAAGAGAAGCAGUUGUAGACCAAAAAAAGAAUAUUCUAUUUAGUAACUUUUUAACAAAUUUCGAAGAGUUGCACGGUAAUAUAAAUUAAAAAGGAAUUAUCUGAUUCGCUGAAUGUAGAGAGAACAUAAUUUAAAAUAAAGGGGCAGAACAAAACUAAAGGGAAAAAAAGGGGGAAAAGAGAAAUAGAAGAAUGAUAUAGAAAGAAAAGAAAAACACAAAAAAAGUCCCCUAAAAAACACCAAAAAAGGAAGAAUAAAAUAAAAAUAUAAGAUUGUGAUAAUUACACAAGACCAAUGAUGACUGAUAUAAGAUUGAAUAAAAAUUAGUAUGGCGUGUAAAAAAAAAAAAAAUUAGUAUGGAAAUUUUUGACAGAAGAUACGUAAGUAAAAAAAUCUUAGAAUUUUGUAAACUAAAAAUAAUAAUGAAACAAUACCAUUUUUAUAUUUGAGAUUCUUGAAUAAAAAUACUUUUAAAAUCUCAGAAUGCUUAUCUUGAUCUGAUAAUUACAAAAGAUUAACGAUUACGGAUUAGAUUACUGAUAUAGAUUGACUAAAAUAAAUCUUUUUCAGAAAAUAAAAUUAGAAAAAUCUGAGUAUUUUCCAUAUAGUAAAAUUAUAGUCCUACAAUAAGAAAACAUACUUUAUAACACAAUAAACGAGAUAUAAAUUUUCCACAAAAUUUCAAUAAAAUCCCCAAAACCUAUUCCACCACCGUUGGCUAUUCAUCGUAGCCCCUUGACCCAUAUACCCCAACACCCCCUCUCUCCGAACUCCCAUGGCCGCCGCCGCUACCGCUGCUACUGCCGCCGCCGCCACGCCGUCCUUCUCCGCCUGCCCAACCUCCUCCGCCACCCGUCUCUCGUCAUGCUCCACUCCGCUACUCCUCAAAACCACCCAAAAACCUCUCCACAUCACCCACUCCAAGAAUCCAAUCGCAGAUGUAAUCUCAACCUACAAAAAUUCUACGAGUUCAGAAAACGUACCGUUUCUCGACGAAGACGACGACGACGAUAAGCCGCGGGAGGAGUGCGGCGUGGUUGGAAUCUACGGCGACCCGGAGGCCUCCCGCCUCGCUUACUUGGCCCUGCACGCGCUCCAGCACCGCGGCCAGGAGGGCGCCGGAAUCGUGGCUGUGAGCGACGGCGUUCUCCAGUCUGUUACCGGCGUCGGGCUGGUCUCUGAGGUCUUCAACCAAUCGAAACUCGACAAACUGCCUGGCGAUAUCGCGAUAGGCCACGUCAGAUACUCCACCGCCGGCUCCUCCAUGCUGAAGAACGUCCAGCCGUUCGUCGCAGGCUACAGAUACGGCUCCGUCGGGGUGGCGCACAACGGCAAUUUGGUGAAUUACCAAUCCCUGCGGGCGGAGCUGGAGGAACACGGCUCGAUUUUCAACACGAGCUCGGAUACGGAGGCUGUUCUGCACCUGAUUGCGAUUUCCAAGGCGAGGCCGUUUUUCCUGCGGAUUGUGGAGGCCUGCGAGAAACUGGAGGGGGCUUACUCCAUGGUGUUCCUAACGGAGGACAAACUGGUGGCGGUGCGCGACCCGUACGGCUUCCGGCCGCUGGUCAUGGGGCGCCGAAGCAACGGCGCGGUCGUUUUCGCCUCCGAGACCUGCGCGCUCGACCUAAUCGACGCAACUUACGAGAGAGAGGUCUUCCCCGGCGAGGUCCUCGUCGUGGAUAAGGACGGCGUGCGCUCGCUCUGCCUGAUGCCACAUCCGCAGCCGAAAUCGUGCAUCUUCGAGCACAUCUACUUCGCGCUCCCCAAUUCCAUCGUGUUCGGCCGAUCCGUGUACGAAUCGCGCCGCGUGUUCGGGGAGAUACUCGCCGCGGAGGCGCCGGUCGAUUGCGACGUAGUGAUCGCGGUGCCGGACUCCGGCGUCGUGGCGGCGCUCGGCUACGCGGAGAAGGCCGGGGUUCCGUUCCAGCAGGGGCUGAUCCGGUCGCACUACGUCGGCCGCACGUUCAUCGAGCCGUCGCAGAAAAUUAGGGAUUUCGGCGUGAAAUUGAAGCUCUCGCCAGUACGAGCGGUGCUGGAGGGGAAGCGCGUGGUGGUGGUGGACGAUUCGAUCGUGAGAGGCACCACAUCGUCCAAAAUCGUGCGGCUGCUGAAGGAGGCCGGGGCGAAGGAGGUGCACAUGCGGAUCGCCAGCCCUCCGAUAAUCGCGUCGUGCUAUUACGGCGUGGACACGCCGAGCUCCGAGGAGCUGAUCUCGAAUAGGAUGAGCGUGGAGGAGAUCAGGCAGUUUAUCGGAUCGGAUACGCUGGAGUUUCUUCCGAUAGAGAAGUUGCAGAAGCUGCUGGGCGGCGAUGCGUCGUCGUACUGCUACGCGUGCUUCUCGGGCGAUUAUCCUGUGCAGCCGACGGGGCAGGUGAAGAGAGUUGGGGAUUUCGUUGAUGAUGGAUUGAGCGGGAGCGUGGAUGGUGGUUGGAUAAAGGACACUAGAAAGGGGGCCAGAGUGGAUGUGGCCAAAUUGGAGUGGAAGAAGGAGAUCUUCACUUCCUAGUUUGCCUUUCAUUCAUCGUUUUACAUUUGGACAUACAAAAAUAUGGAUUACAAAUCAUAGUCCUUCCUCCAAUUCAUACUCAUUUACUGUUUUUUCUUUUUUUCUUUUUUGAAUACAUUUUUUUGGCUUUGCUAAAUUAUUCAUAAUUCCUGGUAAAUUUGGCGUACCUAAUUUGAUUUUGUUUUGUCA